CGGCCCGCCCCGGGAGCCGGCCCCUCGGAGCCGCGGGCCCUGCAAAGGGACGUGUUCUCCUUUAAGAGUUAAGAAACUUGAAACCUUGUUUGCGCAACAAUCAGCGCCGCGGAGCCGCCAAAGUGUCUAGACUGGCAUAUGAUGGGAGGCAGCCAAUGACUCCGCGGCGCUCCUCCGGGGGCCCUCAGUGUGCGUUUGAGGAGAACAAAAAAGAGAGAGAGAGCGAGCCGAGCGGGGGAGCGAGCGAGGGAGCCGAGCCGAGAGAAAGAGCCGCCGGGCGCUGCCUCGCUGGACUUCGCCGGGACCGCGGGGCCACCGGGAGGCACUUUUUGUGGAGGGGGGAGGGGGAGCGACCUCUGCAGCCGCGGCGCCCGGGGCGUCCGAGCGCCGUGUGGGGUGGGCUGCGACCUCUGCCUCGCCGGAUUGCAUUUUUCAUUAAGGAUUCCCAGCAGCUCUUUGGGAUUUUUACAGUUUCCACUCAUGUGUUGACACUCGCGUUUGGGAGAAACUCGCUCUAAGUGCAUCUAGCGCCUGGGACCUGAGACGGAGUUGGCCUUUCGUGCAUGCAAUUCCAGGGAUUUGGGGUUUGUUUGGGGUUUCUUUUUCUUCCAUUUUUUUUUUUCCUUUUUGCAGGGAGUAAGACGAAAACUCAGAGUAUCAACAAGCCUGCCUUUCGGAUCCUGCAGGAAAAGCCCAUGCAGUUAAGCGCUUGGGUUUUACAGGCAGGACUUCCCAGGCACAUUUAGGGGGCUCGGCGCGAGCGCUUUGUGCUCAUGGGCCAGCCGCGCAACUUUUGAAGGCUCGCCGGCCCAUGCGGGGACUUUUUGGCGGCGCGCCGCCUGCGGUCCCCCUCAAGCGCCGGGGCUGGAGUUGCUGAGCAGCCCGGCCACCGGGGUCCAUGUAGCCGCUGGCCGGGCGCAGACUUCGGCUCGGCGUGCGCGUGUUCCCCGCCGGCCCACCCCGGCGAGCUCCCUCAUGUUGCAGCCCUGCGGCGCCCCUUCGACGACAGGCUGUGCGCGGUCUGCACGGCGCCCGGCGGCGGUGCUUCAUGUGGGGCUGCGGCCCGCGCAGCCGGCGCCUCGCUGAGGGAACGGACCCGCGGUAACCGGAGACCGCCUCCCUCCCACCCCCGGCGCCAAAGGAUAUCGUAUGUUCAGGUCCAAACGCUCGGGGCUGGUGCGGCGACUUUGGCGAAGUCGUGUGGUCCCCGACCGGGAGGAAGGUGGCGGCGGCGGCGGCGGCGGCGACCAGGAUGGGAGCUUGGGCAGCCAAGCUGAGCCGGCCCCGCGGGCACGAGAAGGCGGAGGCUGCGGCCGCUCGGAAGUCCGCCCGGUAGCCCCGCGGCGGCCCCGGGACGCGGUGGGACAGCGAGGCGCCCAGGGCGCGGUGAGGCGCCGGCGCGCGGGGGGCCCCCCGAGGCCCAUGUCGGAGCCGGGGGCCGGCGCUGGCGGUUUCCCGCUGGACGUGGCGGAACCGGGAGGCCCGGGCUGGCUGCCCGAAAGUGACUGCGAGACGGUGACUUGCUGUCUCUUCUCGGAGCGGGACGCGGCGGGCGCGCCCCGGGACGCCAGCGACCCCCUGGCCGGGGCGGCCGUGGAGCCGGUGGGCGGCGGGCGGAGUCGCGAAGCCCGCUCCCGGCUGCUGCUGUUGGAGCAGGAACUCAAGACGGUCACGUACUCGCUCCUGAAGCGGCUCAAGGAGCGCUCGCUGGACACGCUGCUGGAGGCGGUGGAGUCCCGCGGCGGCGUGCCGGGUGGCUGCGUGCUGGUGCCGCGCGCGGACCUCCGCCUGGGCGGCCAGCCUGCGCCCCCGCAGCUGCUGCUCGGCCGCCUCUUCCGCUGGCCCGACCUGCAGCACGCGGUGGAGCUGAAGCCCCUGUGCGGCUGCCACAGCUUCGCCGCCGCCGCCGACGGCCCCACGGUGUGCUGCAACCCCUACCACUUCAGCCGGCUCUGCGGGCCAGAAUCACCACCACCCCCCUACUCUCGGCUGUCUCCUCGUGACGAGUACAAGCCACUGGCCACACUCACCCGUUUCCACAUUGUCUGCGGCUGCUCCCACACUGCAGUGGCAGAGGUGAAGAGUUGCAGCAGAGAUUGUGUGGCUCGCAGGUGCCAGGGCUGCAGUGGUUGGCAUUUUCCAGAAGAAUUCCAGGGCUGGCUGGCCUGGUCUCCUACAAAUCUAUCUGAUUCCACAUUGUCUUACACUGAAACGGAGGCCACCAACUCCCUCAUCACUGCUCCGGGUGAAUUCUCAGACGCCAGCAUGUCUCCAGAUGCCACCAAGCCGAGCCACUGGUGCAGCGUGGCAUACUGGGAGCACCGAACGCGUGUGGGCCGCCUCUACGCGGUGUACGACCAGGCCGUCAGCAUCUUCUACGACCUACCUCAGGGCAGCGGCUUCUGCCUGGGCCAGCUCAACCUGGAUCAGCGCAGCGAGUCGGUGCGGCGGACGCGCAGCAAGAUCGGCUUCGGCAUCCUGCUCAGCAAGGAGCCUGACGGCGUGUGGGCCUACAACCGUGGCGAGCACCCCAUCUUCGUCAACUCCCCGACGCUGGACGCGCCCGGCGGACGCGCCCUCGUCGUGCGCAAGGUGCCACCGGGCUAUUCCAUCAAGGUGUUCGACUUCGAGCGCUCGGGCCUGCUCCAGCACGGGCCCGAGCCCGACGCCGCCGACGGCCCCUACGACCCCAACAGCGUCCGCAUCAGCUUCGCCAAGGGCUGGGGGCCCUGCUACUCCCGGCAGUUCAUCACCUCCUGUCCCUGCUGGCUGGAGAUCCUGCUCAACAACCACAGAUAGCGGCAGCCGCGAGGCCUGGCCGACCUGCCCACCGCCAGGCGGGCCAGUGCCAGAGACACAGCCCCACGGACGAAACCCCCCAAAUAUCAUCUACCUAGAUUUAAUAUAAAGUUUUAUAUAUUAUAUGGAAAUAUAUAUUAUACUUGUAAUUAUGGAGUCAUUUUUACAAUGUAAUUAUUUAUGUAUGGUGCAAUGUGUGUAUAUGGACAAAACAAGAAAGACGCACUUUGGCUUAUAAUUCUUUCAAUACAGAUAUAUUUUCUUUCUUUUCCUCCUCCCUCUCCUUUUUUUUUUUUUUUUUUUUUUUUUAAGAAAAUGAUACAGCAGAGCUAGGUGGAAAAGCCUGGGUUUGGUGUAUGGUUUUUGAAAUAUUAAUGCCCAGACAAAAUGCUAAACCAGUCACUCAUUGAUAAUAAAGUAUUCGCAUUCUA